AACGCGAGCGCGCGCUGAGCGGGCGCGGGUGCGGGGGCUCUCGGUUUCGGCUCGCUCACGCCGCCCCGCUCCAAUUUUCCGCCUCCAUUUCUGCUGCCUCCGCCCCACAAAACCCACGCUCCCAUCCAGUUUCUCUCCCCCCGAACCUUGCUGGGGUUCCUCUUCCGCGCUCCCCGGCUCCGCGGGCGGGGAACUGGAGAGGCGGGCGGGGAGGGCGUCUCGCGGCGAGGACAUUUGGGUUUGGCGCUUGUACUGCUGUUAAUAUAGCUAAUUGUUGAGGAUCUGAACCUAAUAUGGUGGAAAACACUCACCGUAGUGGUCGCCAUGCGUUCGGGGACUUGACAAACAUCCUUUUCAAGCGACCAGCCCUAUCAGAUCCAGAGAAGAGUACUGGUGGAAUAAAGAUUAGACGGAUCGAAGAGACUAGGAAGGAGUUUCAUGAAAAUGCAAUAAACAGCAGCAUAGGGAAAGGGAUUGUAUUUGGGCAUUUAUUUGAUGGUGUUGCCAAACAGAAUUUCGAAAAGCCUUCUAUUUUUCGGCAUACUAAGGUCCAGCACAUGGCUGCCAAGACAGAUGGGCCGCUAUCCAAGGAGGUUGGUGACUUGAAGGAACGUGGCGCAUCAAUAGAUUCAUUUGAUCUCAGUGAUAAGGAUCAGGAUUCCCCGCUGGAUUCUGAAGGUGAGUAUGAUGACGACGAUGAUGAUGAGAUGGAUGGUGAAUUGCCAGGUCAUUUUAGCAGCACAGAGCUAGCUAAUAAAACAGCAGCUAAUGAUGAUGAGUGCUUGACUCAAGAGGAGAUAGUUGGAUCAUCAGGAAAUCAGAAGCCUGUAUCUUCAUUAGACUUUAUGACAGGUGGUGACAUGCCAAGUUCUAGAGUUUCACAUGCUUCAGCGAGAACUGGUGGCUCAGAAGAAGUUGCCACAAAAUCUUGUGCUUGUUCUUUUUGUCUUAAGGCUGCUUUUAUGUGGACGGAUCUCCAUUAUCAGGAUGCAAGAAGCCGGCUUUCUGUGUUGAAGAAAAGCAUAAAGUUAGCUAGAUCGUUCGAGGCCAAAAAAGGCAAAGGAAAUGAAUAUGCUGCCAAUGUACCUGGGUAUAACUCGAAACGAUUUGUGGGGUUGGAGUUUGAACUAUCUCAACAACAGAGACAACUCUUUCUUUGUACAGAGAAUGCCCUUGUUCGCGAGUCAGCACAGCUUCAUUCAGCUUUUGUGAAGAUAAAAGAAUUGAGAGAUAACUGCAAGACGGAUCUUGAGACUAUCAGCAAUCCUUUAUUAGGAAAAUGAGCGCUGCGUGGUUGCAUUGAUGAACUAUUCUUUUCCAUGAGAGUUAGAGCAGCUGGCUCGGUUUGAUCAAGAUGCGCAUUGAGAUAGGCUACCAACUCAGGAAUUGUGGUGGUUACCAUCAAUUUGGGGGUUCUUGGCUGUAGCGAUUACUCCUAUCAUAAAGCACUGGUCCAGCAUGUCUGUAGGCUUGUAGGUCAUGUAAAAAUCCCCAUGGUGGGUUUAGGAACUGUAUGAUGGUUUGUCUCAUUUGAGUCAUAGGCUUCACCUGUACUUUGUAGUGAGCUUGCUUUGUAUGAUAAUUGCUUCACGAUCUCCAAACAAAAGGGACAACAAUGUUUUUCCAGGUUGCCAGUCAGUUUUCUAGUGCGGGAAGCUGUA